UCUCGCAUAAAAGACAGCUAUUGUUUCGAGUAAAGUCGAUUUUAAGCUAUUUUAUUUAGUAAUCGUCAAACUGUCGACAUGGAACGUACUUUUUACUUUGGAGUUUUGGUUCUUCUUUGCUUGAUAUCGUGCAUAUCCAGUGCAUCGAUUUCAUCAACCGGUACAGGCUCUGUGGUUGCAAUGGACCUAGACGUGCGGCCGGUUAAUGAAGAUCCACUUGUGAGUUCGAUAAAAGUGUCAUCAGCUGCCAUUCAAAUUAUUCGCCCGAAAUCACAAGCCAACACGCCAUUGGCCAAGCGGCAUCUCCUUUUGCCACACAACAGCAAACCCAUUUCGAAUCCAAGUGCAGCCCAAGUCAUUGUUACAAAAUAUUUUGAAGCAUAAUUAAGCACAUUAAGUCUGUAUUUGUGUUACUAUUGAGAAAAUAAACAGUUGCAUAUUUUUUGAUCAAG